AUGAUUUUAUUAUGGAAAAAAAAGAAAUUUUUAUCUGCAAGUGGAAUUUCUCCAUCAGCUCGUUUUGAACCACUUAAUUUCUAUGUAUUUACAUCAUUAACACAAUUGAUUUGUACAAUUAUUUAUAUAUGUUUUAUCAUUUAUUUUCUUAUUAUUGAAAUAAAAUUAUUAAUGAAAUUAAAUUUAAAAUAUUUUUAUGAAUUUUGGUCGCUAAUUCAAGUUGGUAUAAUAAGUUGUUCAAUAACAAGUAUUAUUAUUUAUAUUUGGCGUUUUAAAGAAUAUAAUCGUUUAAGUUCACUUUUUCGUGAAACAAAUGGAUAUGUUUAUAUUAAUUUACAAAUGACAGUUUAUGUUGAUGAUGUUUUAACAUCUCUUCUUGGUUUUUGUUGUUUUUUUGGAACAAUUAAAUUUAUAAAAUUUAUUCGUUUUAAUAAAUCAUUAAUAAUAUUUAUUCAAACACUUAAAUAUGUUACAAAAGACAUUAUUUCAUUUUCAUUUAUGUUUUCAAUUGUAUUUAUGUCUUUUCUUGCAUUAUUUUAUUUAUUAUUUAAUUCAAGUAUUGGAUCAUGUUCAAGUCUAUUAUCAACAGCUCAAAUGUUAUUUGAAAUAACAUUAAUGAGUUUUGAUGCAACUGAUUUUACUGGAGCUGAUCCAUUUCUUGGUCCAUUUUGUUUUUCACUCUUUAUUAUUAUUGUUGUUUUCGUAUGUUUAAGUAUGUUUAUGUCAAUACUUAAUGAUGGUUUUCAUCAUGUUGAACUAAAUUCAAUUGAAGAUCAACACAUUUUAUCAUAUAUGUUAAAGAAAUUUUUAAAUUGGACACAUUUAAGAAGACCAAAUGUUGAAGAAAUUUAUGAAGUACAAGACUCUCGAAUGCAUUCUCAAUAUAUUGAUCCAAUUGAAAAUUUUCCUGAUAAAAUCGAUCAAUUGUUAGAAGCAAUCGAUCGAAUUUAUAUUGAUCAAAGAAAAGAAUUAUUAAAAUUAAAGAGAGCUGGUGUUUAA